AAAAACGAUCGUGCCUCGACUAUUUCUCUUUCGCAUGCAGGUUCAUGCAACCAGCGCCUUCGUUUCGCCUUACCAACUUGGUGGACGACUUGCAGUACACGGCCUGGCUCAGCUUCACUGAUGCCAGUGGCGGCGAAUGCGUUGGUCAGUACUCCCACCCGGAUUCACCACAUCCCGGUUCCUCGUGGAACGGCCAGGUGCUGUCUUUUUCUCAGCUGAAGCUCUUCACCUACGACUGCUUCACCACGAAACCGCCUCCGAUCACUCUGAAGUGUAACAACAGUUACCGUAUCCAAGUGAACGUUGGAAUUGUGGACAACAGCGGACACAUCCUUAGCACGUCGGUCGUUCGCCAAUUUGUCGGUGCUUACUAUGUGGCUGUGACCCGUUUCAGCAUAAAACCUAGUCUCUUGCGUCCAAGCAACAAGAGGUUCAAGAGUAAGGCGCCCUAAGUUUGUUAUAUUUUGCACUGUUUUUAUGAGUGCACGUGUGUAUUGUGUAAUAAC